AUUCGGGUAGCUUUUUAGUUUGAUAAAAACACAGUAGCCGUCCGUCUGAUCAUGUGAGUCAUCCCGGCACUAUCUGUGCACCUAAUUCCAGGCGAGAUAUGAGGCACGCCAGAGUUGUAUCUGUGGCCGACCGGACACUCCCCUUCGAAAUUGGAACCGAGACGAGUGUCCUCGAUUCCCGAGCGAUGACAUCGUCAUCACAGAAUAAACACUGACGGGAGGGCCGCGUGUGACCCCGCGCUCUGAUUGGCCGCAGGCUCGGCCUCGCGCACACGCCCCCUCCGGUGCCCUCGACACAGGACAGGCUGCGCCGCGCUGAUGACAGACACAGUCGAACUGAAGUCAGAGAGCGACGUGUCGGUAGCAGUGGCACAGCUCGGGAACCGUGAGCAGAGAGAAGCAGGUCCAGCGGCUGUCGGCGGAUCGGGACAGAGAGGCAUCGCGGAGGAAUUGGCGGAUCUAAUUGGAUCGCGGCGCACACAGCAGCGGUAACCAUGGUCCUCGAGCUGGAUCAGUACGCGGACGGCAAGGCGGCUCGGCUCUGGAGCCUCUACAUCGGCGACCAGGCCCAGAGAACCAAGAACUACAAACAGUUCCUGAAGGGCAUCCUCAACAGCUACAACUGCGAGACGGUGCUGGAUGUCGCCUGCGGCACCGGGAUCGACUCUGUGAUGCUGAUCGAGGAGGGGUUCAGCGUCACCUCGUGUGAUUUCUCCGACAAAAUGCUCAAGAGUGCCUGGAGCACCCGCUGGAGCCGCCGCAAGGAGCCGGCCUUCGACAACUGGGACAUCUACGAGGCCAACUGGCUGACGCUGACCAGUGACCUGGGCACCGAGCGGCAGUACGACGCGGUCAUCUGUCUGGGUAACUCGUUCGCCCACCUGCCCGACCUCACCGGCAACCAGGACAGCCACCGGCUCGCAUUGAAGAACUUUGCCGACAUGGUGAAGCCCGGAGGAAUCCUAUUGAUCGACCAUAGGAACUAUGACAGCAUCCUGGACAAAGGCCGCGCCCCCACGAGGAAUAUCUACUACAACAGUCAGUACGUUUCCGACAUCAAAACAUCAGUCGUGUACCAAAACGGCUCCCCGGUGAAGAUUAUUCUGGACUACGUGAUGUCUGAUCCCAGCACUACAGAACAGAAAUAUGAGGACAACGACAGGCGGAAAAAGUCGCUCUUCUCCACCAAUCCCUCGGACAACGAGUUCACGCUCAGCUACUACCCACACCGCCUGAGCAGCUUCCGCGCUCUGCUGGAGGAGGCGUUCGACCACCGCGCCACCAUCACCACCCUGGGCGACUUCCAGCCGCUGGAACAGGCCCAGGACCCGGCCUUCUACAUACACGUCGUGCGCAAACUGCCCACGGUAGAAGAUUUGGGCGUCGAAGAAGUAUGGCAGGCCACCUCCAGUUCCGGCGAGGAGUUCUUCUGAGGCAGGUGGCCAGAUAGCUGAAGGAGAGUUGCGGCCAUAAGGAGCCCCGCUGGGGGAUCGGUCCAGAUCCGGCCCAGUCCGUGAAGGACAGAAGCCACCGCUUCGGCCCCGACACCUUGGCCUUAACUCCUCGCGUCGGCCGGACGCACCAGACGCGCCGGCCGCACCGCCCGAGUUAAGGCCCUGCCUGCGGGCAGCGGGUGUCACAGCCACCACGGGAGGCCUUGGCCUUAACCCCCCGGGCACGCGCCGUGACCCAGGUUAAGGCCGUGUCGCUGAGACGCGGGCCUCCCACCCACCAUCGCGCGCGCCGCGCCCGCCGCCACCCACCGGGGACGGCCGGGCCGGGCGCCACCAGAUGCACCUUGACUUCCACUCCUCACCGCCGCGCGGCGGCCGGGUUCAAGUCCUCUCGGGUGCAUCCGCCACAGUCGAGGCUCGCCUUGACGUCACCCCCGUGCGGCUCUGACCGCUGGGAUGAAGUCCUCUCGGGCGAGCCGGCAAUCCCUCUCGUAUAGGCCGGGGCACGCUUUACGUUGGGUCAGAUGCUGUCAGAUUUCGGGUGCUCUCCUAAUUCUGCUUCAACUCAUGCUUUGUUCUCUAGUUCUAAGCUAUCUCAUCAUCAUUCGCCUAAUCAUACGCCACCCAACGCUUUUGUAGUGAUUUAUAGUCCGUUAAUAUUUUUUGCGUCGUUUCAAAGUUUCAACGAAUGCAUAUGAGAAGGCUUACUUGACGUCAAGACGAAAAAAUAUUACCUGCAUGCUGCAUGCAUAAGGCUGGGCGAGUGCAUAUGUUCAAAAUAUUUGUGAGUCAUUUUGGCAAUACCCAUUCCGUUUGCCAGCAUUACAUCAAAGCGCAGAUUACAGAAAGAGCAGCAAUUGCUCCCCUUCGGCCUUGAUACUUUGUUGAAUCUCUACUUUAUGCUUGUCUCAUUUAUAUUUAGUUUUGAUACGGUAUGGGGCAUGUGGCCUUUAUAUCAGGACAUCGGGGUAGGACGCUACUUAUUUGUGGCGGGUAAUAUGUUUUACUAAACAGGUGACAAAAUCUGAAGGCGAGGUUCGUAAAUCUGCCGCAAAUGAUUCGUCUAAUAUUUGGAGCAGCUGUCCUCACUCACUUCAUCACAUUGUCUGCUAUCACACGCACUAACAAUUCAACCUCGACAUGGAACAUGUGCUUGUGAAAAUAAACGAGCUCAUCCAA